AUGAAGAUUACGUUAUUAGCUAUUUGUGCUAUUUUAGCUACUAGUUUCGGAUAUGAAAAUUCAGAUAUUGUUUCGGCAAGAAUUGAGACUUGCAGAGGAUGCUCACUGAAUCGUCUACCGGAGGUGAAAAGAUUUGUCAUGGAUGACGCUCCUAAGUAUGAGCGUGUGGAAGUUAAUUUCAUCAGUGGAGCUCCCCCAGAGCUGGUGCUGCUUGGAGAAAAUGACCGCGAACUAGAACGCCUACCACUGUCGCAACUGACUCGUCAGCAGUGCAAUGAAUUGGUCCAGGAAAGAGGCUUCACAAAGAAGAAUACAGAUAAAGAGUUGUAA